AUGUUCACUUCUACUCUCAUUCUCUCGCUCGUUGCCGCCGUCGCGGCCAACUGCAGCUCCAAGAACAACACCGGCGGUGCCGUCCCCGGUGCUAAGGCUCAGUGCACCCUCCAGUUCGAUGGCCGCAUCCCCAAGGCCUUCACGGCCGCCGACUUCGACGGAAAGACCAGCCCUUUCAACACCGCCAACGUCUUCGGUAAGGGCUUGAAGUUCAGCGAGAUCAUUCAGCUCCCCGACGCUACGUCCCUGUUCGACGUCAACGCUACCAAGCCCUUCGAGGUCACCAUCAACGACAAGUCCAUCUUCGCUCCCAGCGAGACCAAUGUCCAGGUCGGCUUCCGCCGCGUCGAGAUGCUGCCCCUCAGCAACGACGGCAAGGACGCUUCCACCCAGGGCAUCAAGACCCUCCACUUCAGCUUGAUGAAGGACGCCCAGCGCCCCCUCAACCUGUCCCACGAGUACCAGCUCGCCUUCCUCGAGAGCGCCGACUUCAGCACCAACCAGGUCGUCCUCAAGACCGGUACCAUCCUCGGCCAGAACACCGCCGACCCCGACACCCUCCAGCUCUUCGGCAACGUCAACUCCAGCCCCGUCCCUGAGCUCUUCAAGACCAAGUUCACCGAGGGCGUCUUCCACAACUUCGCCAUCAAGCUUGAUUUCACCAAGAACACUACUGAGGUCUUCUACUCCACCGGCAACUCUGCGCUGAAGUCCCAGGGCAAGCCCGUCACCAACAACAUUGCCGGCCAGGGCCAGUACCACUUCGGCAUGCUCAAGAAGCCCGUCAACGGCGGCAGCGACAUCACCAAGAGCGGCGACCAGCCCUCCAACAUCAACGAGGGUAUCAUCUACGGCGGCAUCUUCCAGGAGGACAGCUCCACCGGCUGCAUCUCCCUGUCCCCUUAA